GAUGUGUAUUCCUGGAGUGAAAUAGCCUAUCAGCAGGAUGUGCAUUGGAAUGAAGACAUAUGCCAACCACAUUCAGCAGAGAUUGAUGCAUCAAGCUUUGACCAGUGCCUGGCAGCUGCUGUUGAACCAGUCAGUGACCAGAAUGUCCAGGCCAGCAAGCAGCCUCUGUACUCGGAAAUAGUCCGUUUGCCAGCAGCUGAAGUUCCAGAUGUUACCUCAGUGCAGCAUAAUGUGAAGUUACCAAGGCGCAAUGUAUUGAAGGUUGAUGAAUGUGCUAGAUCAGCCAGACCAUGUGACCACAGAUCAAACAAACAUCGAAGGGCAAGGCGAAGAAAAUUUAUGCAACACAGACAGCUGAAAGUUCAAAGAUCUGAGCAGUAUAAAGAUCACGUUGAAAUUCCGUUGACAUCUGAUGUAACAGUAAAGGUGAAGGCAGACAAUGUACAUAGCAUCUGGAUGUGCCCGAAUGAAGACGCCAUUACCACAAAGAAGCGCCUACCUGUCUGCUCUACAAUGACUGGAGUUAAGAAGAUAAACAAACAGACAUGGUUUGACUGCCCCCUUUGCCCAGUAAAGUGUUCUAGAGAAGAUUUCCUACUGGACCAUUUCUGUCGACGCCAUGUACCUGGAGGGACCAAAUACAAGAAGAACACUGACAAUUCUUUCUGUCAUCGGAAAUCAACGAAGAGCAGCAGAAGUCAGCCAAACUCGAAGAGCACCAUUUCAACAUCCAGCCUGAACCCUGUAGAAAAAACUUCACCUCCCCAUCAAGAUGAAUUGGAUAUCGCAGAUCACGCCGAUUUCUCCAAAUUAAAAUUACUUUUAUCAAAUGAUGUUGAGCAAAAUCCUGGACCCACCUAUCACUGUGAAUGGAAUAAUUGUGGAUUCAUCGGGCUAACAACAACUAGAAUGGGACAACACCUGCGACAACAUGGACGAGAAGAGGAAUGCAAAUGGGCGCAAUGCAAUGGAUUUCAGCGAACGAGCUACGAAGACCUGGAGUUACACAUUAUACACGACCACUUCUUUGAUGACAGAAUCACCUUUCCUUCCCUAGAUGAUUGGCUGGAAUAUCUCCCAGAAAAAAGAAUCGACCCAGAAACCACUGAUUUACGCUUCUGUCCAAAACACCUGAGAAGCAAGCUGAAGUUGUUACUGUUUGAUGAGGACUACCUGGACAUGCCGACAAACAAAUCCUACACAAUGAGCGACCACCUGUGUACACUGGAUUUUGAAAUAUCAAUUUUGCCCUUUUCUUCAACCUCAACUGCCAAGUUUAUGGAUGCUUGUACUGCAGGAAAGGAAGACCGUCUUCAAGCUUUGCUUUUAGAUUUUAGGCACUCAAAAUUGGAACAGGUUCCUCGAAACUCGAGGGAAAUAUUUCAGCAGCAAUAUGAAGGAGAAGAAACCCUUUUAAGUCAGUCAAAGGCAUUAAAUUGUUUACCAGGUGACGUCAAAAGAAAAACCGAACUAUUCAAAGGUGAUCCAAAAUUUGCAUCCAACUUCAUAAACAAGAAAAAACCUGGACUCAGAACGUCACUUAGAUAUCUUACUUUCAGUCUCUUUCUGCAGAAUGAAAUUAAUACAAUUUUCACUAAGUAUAGAACAUAUUCCCCAGAUUUAAAUGCGGUUCAAUGUGAGGUUUUAGAAAUUCCUGCACUAGAGAGGCCAUCUAAGAAGAGGAAAAGCACAGCCUCUGUGAAGGUGACAAAAGAUGUGGAGCCAUUGAGUGUUAUGCAGGAAUCAAAAAAAUCUAUGUAUGAACAAUUUUCUAUUGAUUUAAUAGAGGAUGGAAAGAUAUAUAUUCAGGUAGCUGAGGAAGACACCAUGAUAUGUUGUAUGAAUGAUUUUAAUGAUUCUGGUUCUUUAAGAAAAGAAGUGUAUGUUUAUACCACUUGGCUAAAGCAAGAAUCUGGAGACUACUUCCAUUGUACCUGCAGUAUAUAUAGAACUUUAUUUGAUAUAGCUCAUAGCCAAACUCUAAAUUAUUCAAACAAGAAUAGCUGCAUGCACUGUAUAUUCCUUAAGUGUAUUGUUCUUCCAAAUCUACAGAUAGAUGAAAGGGCUACAGAAACCAAAACCCGUAAAUUUGUUCAGGAGGGAAAGCAGUGUGCUGGCAAGGAUUUGAUUGAAUUAAGUGACUUUAAAGGUACACGUAAAUUUUCAGUUUUGGCAGAAGGAGAGACUAAACCUGUUUUUUUAUCACUGAGUCACAACAAGGCCAAAGCAAAUUAUACUGUGACCUGAAUGUUAUUGUGGCUGGAGAUCUUGGAAACGAUCGUUUCACGCUGCUGACAAUUUUUUGCCUAAACUGUGGUGAUAUAGGUUUGCAGAGUUCAUUUAUGAUGUCAUUUAUAUGCACUACUUUUAAGCGUCUUUUCUUUUGUCUAUUAAGAUUUAUGUUUGAUUUCUUCUUUCGUUUCAUCUUUAAUUUCCUGAAAAUAUAAAUUAUAUAUCUGUACACCCUUUUAUUUAAUUAAAUAAUUAACAAAUUAUUUUUUGUGAAAAAAAAGGAGUGGUAAUUUGGGUAAAUACAGUGUGCCAUAGAUCUUCCAGAUUUGAAAUGAACCUAGGUUCUAAAAAUGUACAGAAUGAACCAGAAAGCAUUUUCGUAAAUGAGCCGAUUUUACACCAAAAUUGGCUGUCUGCAUUCGGAAAACAAUAGCAAUACUGUUAUUGUCCAAAACAAACCAUCGGGUGGGGUUUGUUUGCAAAAGAACGGUAUUAAAUAGUUGUUUUGAAGCAAAAAAUGCGUUGAGUGAGCCUGGAAGCCUAGUAAGAACGUACAUUGUUUUCACGAGAUAUUUUAAUACAGACAUUAUUUUGAUCUAAAACAAGCGUCUUCGUAUACGAGCAAUUGCUCUUCAUUCGGUGCACAA